AUGAUUUCCAUCAACACAAUCACCAAGUUCGCCGCCCUCAUGGCCGCCACCCUCGGUGGAGCAGCCACUAUCGCCAACCGCUCUCCCGCUGAGAACACCGCGCUUGCCAGUUACAGCGGCGACAUGACCUACUUCUACCCGGGACUCGGUGCCUGUGGCCAGACGAACAACAACAACGACGCGGUUGCUGCUGUCAGCCCUGCUGUCUACGCCAGCGGCGGUGCCUGCGGCAAGACCGCGACCAUCCACUACAACGGCAAGAGCACCACUGUCAAGGUCGUCGACCUGUGCCCUGGCUGCUCCACCGGGAGCAUCGAUGUCAGCCCCACUGCCUUCCAGAAACUUGCUUCCCUCGAUGCCGGAAGGGUCCAAGUGACCUGGGAGCUCAACUAA